GCUUCCCGGCUGCCGCUGCAGGUGCCGAAGACGCACUUCCCCGCCUCGCCCACAUCGGCGCGCCUCCCCGUCGAGCCGAGCUCGCCGGUGCCCAGCGCGGGCAACGGGACGCCGCUCUUCGGGCCAGGCUGGCAGGAGCGGCACGGCGCCGCCUCGCCCGCGUCGGCGGCCUUCGCGCCAAGCGGCUGGUCCACGCCCCCGGGGGCCGCUUCGCCCCCCCGCCCGGUGCCCUUCGCGCCCAGCGGCUGGUCCACGCCUCAGAGCGCCGCCUCCCCCGCCUUUACCCCACCCGCGGCGGGCUCCCACCCCGAGCUCAGCUUCGGCACCCUCACGCCCGCCCCGCCCCCGAGCGCCCGUGGCCGCUCCUCUUCGCCGCGCCCCGCCGUCGGCGCCUGCCGCCCCGCGGGGCCCGCGCCGCCGCGGGCCGCCGCCGGCCCGCACCUCCCGACGCCGCCGCCCUCGCGGGCGCCGAGCGCCGGCCGCCUUCCGGGCCGGCACGCUGCCCUCGGGGGCAGCCCGGCGCCUCGUCGCCCCGCCUGCGCUGCGCAGCCAGGGCCGGCGGCGCCCGGCUGCGCCUGCGGCGCGGCGCCGCCCACGCUGCGCCUCGCGCCUGGCGGCGGGGCGGCCGGCGCACCGUGGCCGGCCAGCCCCAGGGGUGCGGGCGCCACGGCGUUCCCUGGCGGCGCGGCCCCGCGGGCCUGCAGCCCGGGCUUCGGCGCGGCAGCCCGGGCUUCGGCGCGGCGCUGCCAGUGCCGCCCGCGGGCUGCGGGGCGCCGCGGGCCGCG